AUGGAUGGGGCAUCCUCAUCUGGUCCGAGGCCUUAUAUACGUCUUACAUCGCAAUUGAAGAAUGCCACACGUUCUGCCGGAGGAGAAGUUCGAUUCAGAUGUGAGGCUAUUGGUACACCACCCCUUUCGUUCACAUGGCUGAAGAACCAUGCACCGAUUGAGAAGUCGCGACGAGUGAAAGUACGGAAUCGUGAGAACUCGUCCAGGCUGGUAAUCACUGAACUCGAUGUGCUCGACUCAGGCUACUAUCAGUGUAUUGCUUCCAAUUCGGCCGCUUCUGUCAAUACAACCAGCGUUCUUCGGGUCAGUCCCUAA